CGCCGGCGGCGCGCAGCGGUCGCACCAUGGCCUUCUGCUCGUGGAAGGGCGAGGAGUACUACCGGGACCACUUCAGAUCGGGCACCUAUCAUUGUGUGAAGUGUAACUAUGGACUGUUUUCAAGUUUGUCGAAAUAUAAGCACGACUCUCGGUUGCCGUCUUUUGCCACACCCCUGAACAAAGACUCCUUGAGUAAAGUUCCUGAAAAAAAUCUACGUUUAACUUUGAAGGCAUGGAAACUUCAAAGGAGACUGAAAAGAAGAACCUAUCAUUGUGUCAAGUGUAACUAUGAACUUUUUUCGAGUUUGUCGAAAUAUGAGCACGACACUCCGUGGCCGGCUUUUGCCACACCUCUGCACGAAGACUCCUUGAGUAAAGUUCCUGAAGAAAAUCGACCUUUAGCUUUGAAGGAAAGGAAACUUCAAAGGAGACUGGAGAAAAGAAAAGUGAUUCACCACCACAAUCAUCAUCAGAUUAGAUUAAAAAUAAAAUCAUUCCUCGUCAUGAUCUAUGAUCCCAGGAACUUUAGAUAAACAUGCAUAAUAGAUCUGCUCAUUAGUCGUCUCAUUUUAAACAAGAGCAGUGACUGUAUUUAAUGAAGUUUACUGAGUAAAGUGAGCAAUUGCUGUCAGUAAGCGGAUGACUUUACAUUUACUUGCUCUUAGAUUUGUACAUAAUCUCUCAUGAAACAUUAUUAUUAAAAUAACUUUUUUUAAAUUGUAUGCAUUUUAAUGCUACAUGUAUUUUAAUUUAAAUCCCUUAAUUAUAAUUCCAUUUAUAGAAAUAAAAUCUCUGAUUUCUUCUUUCGA